CGUCAACCUCUAUAAAACCUGAAAAUGAAGGCAGACCUGUCCAGCCUCCUGGCCGUCGGGCGAUGGAAGGACCUCAGGGAAUGCGGAGAAGAGCACCGAGAGGGAAUCGAAUGAGACUAAACCAAGAUGAUUCAGAUGAAGAAGAUGCAGAUGAUAUAUUUGACAAUAUUCCUCAACAACAAGAGGGAAAGAUUGGUGCAAAGAAGCUCAGAAAACUGCAAGACAAAGCGGAACGAAAGGCAAUGAGAGAGCAAGAGGAAAGAGACAGAGAGGAAAGAAAGAAAAGAGAGAAGGAAUUGGAAGAACAGAAGAAAGCACAAGAGGAGGUUGAAAAACAAGAGGAGGCGAUUAGGGAAGAAGAGGAGAGGAAAAAGAAAGAGGAACAAGAACGUAUUGAACAUGAAGAGUACUUGAAGAUGAAGGAAAUGUUUUCUGUUGAUGAAGAAGGCGAAGGAGAACUAGAUGCAGACUUAAAUAGUGAAUCUCUACUGGAGCAGUUCAUAAAUUACAUAAAGGAGACAAAAGUUGUCAUGCUUGAAGAUCUGGCUGGACAUUUCAAAUUAAAAACACAGGAUGUGAUCAAUCGGGUCCAGGACCUCCAAACUGAAGGACGUCUCACUGGUGUGAUCGAUGACCGCGGCAAGUUUAUCUACAUCACCAUGGCGGAGCUAGAGGCUGUGGCACGCUACAUUCGUCAGAAUGGGAGAGUGUCCAUAUCAGACUUGGCAGCUUCCAGUAACAGACUGAUCAACUUGGACCCAGAGACCUCAAGUAUAGCGAAGAAAAUGGCUGCUGAAGCAACUGAAAUGAUAGCCGCCGAGGAAGUUGCAUCAUAGCCGUGUGUCUUGUCUGUGUGUGUGUACAUGUAUGUAUGUGUCUGUGUGUAAUUUGACUCUUUGAACUAUUAAACUGAACUGGAAAAAAAAAAAGAUAUUUUUCCAUAUGAAGUUAAAUACUGAUUGAUAAGUAAUCCUAUGAACUGAAUGAUCCUAGUCACAUAGUUUCUGCCUUAUUCCUUAGGUUUCAUGAGAUAUAAAACUUAUCCCGUAGAAAGCUGACAAAAGUAGAUCUAUAUGAUGGACUCUACCUCAUCAUUUUGGAGCCAUUGAAUAUAAUUUGUUGAAAAAUAAACCUUUUUUAUUCUCAGUAUGUAUAAAAAGUAAUUUUCUAAAUUCCUUUAUGCUAGGCAGACUUGAAACAGACUUCUACCAAAUUUGACCUGUGCUUCAUUUAGAAAUACUUCUGAUCCGACAGAAUUGUGAGCAUGUUUAUUUUCUAUGACUUGUAAGUUUUACCUAAGUCAAAAAAAAAAAAGGUAAGGUACUUUUCAU